AUGACGACGAGCUCGCUGCUGUUCGGCGAGUCGGGGCCGGGGUCGGGCCUGGGUCUGCCGCCGGGGCUGGGCCUGGGCCUGGCGGGGCUGCUGGGCCCUGCGGCGGCGGCGGGGGGCGAGGGGGGCCCGGCGACGUCGGCGCUGCGCAACGACCUGGGCUCGAACCUGCACCUGCUGAAGGGCCUCAACGUGCGCUUCCGCUGCUUCCUGGCCAAGGUGCACGAGCUGGAGCGCCGCAACCGCCUCCUCGAGAAGCAGCUCCUGGCCCAGCAGCAGCUCGGCGAGCGCCGCCUCCGCUACAAGCGCUUCCCCCGGCACCAGGCCACCCAGACCGACCCCGCCGGGACGCCCGCCGCCUCCCCGCCCCGGCAGCCGCCCCAGCAGCAGCAGCCGCCGCCGCCGCUUCCUCCUCAUCCUCACCCUCCUCAAACGCCGCAUCAGCAGCAGCACUACAGCCGGCUGCCGGGCACCAUCUGGAGCUACACGCAGGUGCGGCGGACGGGCGGCGGCGGGCUGGAGACCCUGCAGCGGCCCGGCGUCUCCUGGGUGCACCCGGACGGCGUCGGCGUCCAGAUCGACACCAUCACGCCCGAGCUCCGCGCCCUCUACAACGUGGUUGUUAUACUUCUUUAUAUAGUCAAAAUUGCAAGUGUCCAAGUCAGAACUGUUUAUAGAUGGGAAGAAGAACUGGCAAAACGGAAAAAUUUGGAAUCAGUGGUAGAGACACUCCAAGAGGAAGCGCAAGAAGCUGAAGCACUCCAGGAAGAGUUGAAUGAGAAGAUUGAGAGGCUGAAAGCUGAGCUGGUUGUCUUCAAGGGUCUUAUGAGUGACCCUAUGACAGACCUGGACACAAAGAUCCAAGAAAAAGCCAUGAAGGUGGACAUGGACAUCUGCCGAAGGAUCGAUAUCACAGCCAAGCUGUGUGAUGUAGCCCAGCAGCGCAACUCUGAAGAUGUUUCCAAGAUAUUCCAGGUGGCUUCGAAAAAGAAAGAGCGGAAGCUGACGCUGGAGGAUGACCUCUCUGAGCCGAACACGGACAAUGGCAGGUUCUCCGACGACGAAGUCAGUUGCUCUCUGAACAUCACAGAUGAAAUGAAGAGAAUGUUUAAUCAGCUGCGGGAAACCUUUGAUUUUGAUGAUGACUGCGACAGCUUGACAUGGGAAGAGAACGAGGACACCCUGCUUCUCUGGGAAGACUUCACCAACUGCAACCCCUCGACUGAGCUCCAGGGAGAGCACGAGGAGAACUUGGGCAACUUGAUCCAUGAAACGGAGUCUUUCUUCAAAACAAGAGACAAAGAAUAUCAGGAGACAAUUGGGCAGAUUGAGCUGGAGCUGGCGACGGCCAAGAGUGACAUGAAUCGCCACCUCCACGAGUACAUGGAAAUGUGUAGCAUGAAGCGGGGCCUGGAUGUGCAGAUGGAGACCUGCCGCCGGCUCAUCAAAGGCUCUGCGGAAAGAAACUCCCCGUCUCCCAGUUCCUUAGCCAGCAGUGACUCAGGAAACACAGAUGAGAUUCAAGAUGAGUUCGACAGAGAAGCAGAUGUAGAGCCGAUGGUCAGCUGAUGAAGAACCAGAGUGCUCAGAUCAAAAGGGAGAAGGGGGGAAAAACUUUGAAGAAGGGUUAUGUUAAGAAACACUGAGACAGCAAAGACUCCUGAGCCCUGGCCCAGGGUUCCUGAAGAUUAGUGCGCUUUCCCACCCCAUCCGAGGAUUGGUGCUGUAACCGUUUCUAUUGUUGUACAAAUCACAAACGUGGAGUCCUGCAGGAGGAAAAUAGGGUGUUUUAAUUGUGCCUUUGCCCCAAGCUGAGCCACUUGGCGCUCCCCUGUAAUAUAACCAUUCUUUUUGUAAUAACAAAAACACCGUAGCAAAGGGACAUGUGGACGGCAGAAGCGUGGGACUUUUGGAGCCGGGCCCCCCAGAGGGGGCAUGCUGACGGAUCUACCUACCGACGUCCACUCGCAGCACUCCAUCGUGAUCUUCUAGCGGUGCCUGCGGCUGCUAGAAAGCGUCUGGCACGUGGGAGGAGACUUCCCAGCGACCCCUGUACAAAACUGUUCUGCCGGAGUUCGGAAUUAUUCAGAAGGAGCGCUCAGCCUGGCGGCAAGGCCCGCGAGGAGAAGCAGGGUGGGGUGGGAAUGUCACUGUUAAUGUCUAUGCAAAAAAUAACAGCACUCGCCUUAUUUCCGUGGAAUGUUUGGCCCUUGCUGGGCUUCUGUGUCUCUUGGCAGAGGGCAAGCUGACCACCCCUGUUUUGCACAUCACUGCGGUCUGUGGAGCUCAUUCUGGAUGAGUCUGGUGUGUUGCAGUGGCCACUUCCCACGAUCCUUCUGUUCCUGAGCGACUUCUUUCCCUUCUGCUUCUUUUGGGUCCUCCCCUUUUAGCCAUCAGUGCUUUUUUCUAAAGAAGAUGCUGAAGUUGCUCUACUCUUGUGCAGCUUUCAUAAACUUGGAGCGUGACUGCAGUUCUUGCAGGACAAGCUCACUUCCCCUCCUGUGGAUCAGUAUUAAGCAGCUCAUGGGUGUCCCUGGCCCACGUCUGAAGCACCCCUGGCUCUCAGCGGCUGCCAGGACCACGGCCACGGUUGGCUGCCUUUGUUUUCUCAUGGGGUGUCCGUAUGUGUGUGUGGGAUUUUGGCACGUGCAAUAGCAAUAACAGUGAAAGGGCAGCAGCCUUGGCUGGCAAGGCCUCCGUGGACAGGCGGGCCCCUUGGCAGGAGGCACGGCCCUGGAUGUAGGCUUCAGGCAUGGCACGCUAGAGAGUCUGUGUCUGUUCUUCAGAUACACCGAGAACCAGUGUAGGGUGCAGGGUUUUCCAAAGAAUUCCAGCAUAUCAGGGUUGACUCCCCCAGACGGAGGGCUAGCAGCAGUGUGCGUCUUCUCUGGAGAUGCCCUCGUGACUGAGCCCGGUCAGUAUCCUCUCCUGUGAGCUGACCUCUGCAUCAGGAGGCCAUUUGCCAAACAGCUCUCUGGGCGGAGGCCUGUGGUAGCCUCUUCUCUACCUUGCUCAGUUGGCUCUGCCACAGAAGCAGUGGCUCUCGAGCCGGGAGAAGGAAUGGCCAGGUCUGGAGGCAUAACUGAAGUCCCGGCACGAAACCCGAGGUGUAUUUCCCUCCAAAACGUAUUCCCGUGACUUGAAGAGACAUUGUCAGAUCGUUCUGCAAAUUAACCCUGGGGAGGCUGGGGCAGAGUUGGAGGUGGUCUUGUUCUUCUCGUCACUGGCACAGCCUCAGGUGGACAGCAGUUGGGUUGCUGAAGGGGGGGGGAUGCCCAGGGCUUGGGCUGGACAUGUGACCACGGGGCUCCUCUUCCAGUGAGUCGGGGUCUUCUGGACUCUCUCUGCCGUAGAGACAGAGAGCUGCCUGCAGAUUUGGAAGGGAGACUCAGUACUCCUGUUCUCUUGAAGAGGUGCAGUGUCAAAGUGGACUUUUUGCGUGUCCACAUUUGCUUUUUAAGACUGUCAGCUUGUUUCUUAUCUCUGGUUACGUAGCUGUCUUCUGUAUCGUAGUGAUCUUUUCAACGCUUGCUACGUACCUUUUGUGCUGAGUACUUCCUUCCCCUGUUUGGAGAGCAGACUCUCUCAUUCCAGGGCAGAUUUUUUUGCAUCCCCUUCCUAGCCCAAGCCAUGCCCCUCAAUGCCCAUAAAUGGGGUUUGUCAAGGAUUGGCCGCAGUGGCCUGUGGAAGGUUGGAACAUGGGCCUCUUCUGUCAGGUCAGAGU